CGGCCACCUUGCCUUCCUGUGUCUCAGGGAUCUUGCCAGUGUGGUCAUGGUAGGCGGUGCGGAGGACGAAGUCUGUGGACAACGCGAGAUGGUUGACCCAAUGCGCGUGGGAGCUCAAAGUGUGAGCCAAAGUGCCGUCACUGACGUUCCACACCUUGAUGGUCUUGUCGUGGGACGCCGAGUAGAUGAACCCAGUUCCUCCCCACUUCACGCACGACACGGAUCCCUUGUGCCCGCUGAAUACCAUAUCGAUCUUCCCCUGGUUUGUCGACCACACUCUAACCGUGCAAUCCUUCGACGACGAGGCGAGUCUCGGCUCUCCUGGCUUCUGCAUAUGCUCGUAUGUCCCUUCAGCGUGUGGAUGGGAGUACCAGUAUCGCAGUCCAUUAUCCUUGCAGUAUUAUCACCACUACCGCUAACCAUCCUGGACGAACUCCUCGGUGAGAAUUGCGUGGCUAAAAUGGCUUCGCCAUGUCCUGGGAUCGUGGAUGCGCAUCGCGAGACUGGCUUGACUUUGAAAACUGCUUGUGGUGCAGCAGAGAUGUUCUGUACCUCUUCGGUACUUAUUAAUCCCGGCAGCAGGAGGGUUUUGUAGACGUUGGUAGGGAAGGCAGUUGUGACGAGGUUUGUGGAGGAUUUCCUUUCUGGGACGGGGAGGGUGAAGCGAUAAGGAAUAUGGUCGGAUUCAUCCUGAGAUAUAUUAGCACCAGCGCAAACGAGAAGUCGGAAUAUACUAACAUGGCCUUGCAGAGCAUUGACAAGAUUCUCUAAGUUCUUUGGGUUUGCAUCCGCAACUGAAACCAAGACCGGUGUGCCGAUUGGGAGGCCUGUUGUCUCGUCGAAAAACUGUAUCCGCAAGCUCCCCGCAUCGGCUGGAAUCUCUUCGAUGGCUUGUUGCUGUCCCGCUCUCUCUGCGGCGUCCGUUCUUGCGCGCUUACUCGGGGGAGGUAAGACGGUCGACAUUUUGUAAAAUAUAUGCCGAAAAAACUUGAUGUGUAUGCAGGAAUAUGAAGUAAGUCCCUUCAAGCGCCGUCCCAUGAAGUCUCGACGAGGCUCGAAAAUAUUUUGGUGCUUGGUCCGUGCUUUCAGCCUUGUGGUAGCCUUGUACCCCACAUACGUCGACUUCAUGGCCUUCCACCACCAGUCCUAUAGAAUAAUCCAUAUCACAGCCAUAGAGGGCCAAUCUGGCAUAUUAGUUCAAAAUUACACUUUAUUGACGUUGAUAUUUGAAAUAACGUCUUGAAAAACACUAACGAAGGAUCUACAGUGCAAUGUCUAGCACGCCAAGGCCAUCCACCUCCUUCAGUGCUCGGACUGCCAUAUCACAUCGUCACGAUGGAGACACUGCUUCAACUUCCCAAGGGCAGAGCAUACAGCGUACUCUAAGUCGAGCUACUACCCGUCCACCGACGAGGGCACGCUCGCGAGCCGCAUCAUCCAUCGGCGGCGGGCUAUCACAGCACAUAGUGUGCGCUGUGAGUGAAAGCCGAGGAGUAUCCCCCACCGUCGGCCUGGCAUUUGUGAAUGUAUCCACCGGAGAAGCCGUGAUGAGCCAAAUAUGUGACAACCAAUUUUAUGUGAGGACCGUACUGAAGCUCCAGGUGUUUGAGCCCACCGAAAUUCUUCUGGUAUCUACUUCUGGCCCUCCGAAUCAGAAGUCAAAGAUGUAUUCCUUGAUUGAAGAGGAGGUCAUUGGUUCCAGGAUUGUUUGUGUUGACCGUAGGUAUUGGUCUGAACCCGCCGGGAUGGAUUUCAUUCAACAGCUAGCCUUCCCGGAAGAUGUCGAGGCCAUCAAGGUUGCCACUGGAGGCAAUUUCUAUGCCACAUGUUGUCUCGCAGCGUCUCUGCGAUAUAUGGAACAUUCCCUUUCUCUUACAUUUGCCUCUCAUUCCCUUCGAAUCAAAUACCAGCCAUCUGAGGGCUCUAUGAUGAUUGAUCUUUCUACUAUUCAGUCCCUUGAACUUAUCCAGAAUAUUACCAAUGUCAAGUCAAAGGACUGUCUGUUCGGCCUCUUGAAUGAGACAUUAACUCCAAUGGGCUCGAGGAUGCUUCGAAGCAACAUUUUACAGCCUUCAACGCAAGAGAGCAUACUCAAGAACCGCUAUGAAGCUGUCGGUGAAUUGGCAUCUAAGGAGGAGAUGUUUUUUGACACAAGAAAUGGCAAGCAUGUCGUAAACACUCUUAAGCCUUUUCACGACGUCGACAAGCUCUUGACCAAUCUCAUCAUCCAACCAACCCAGCCCGAUAUUCAGCAUUCAGAACAGUCUAUCAACCACAUACUGAUGCUGAAAACAUUCGUCCAAUGUGUUGGUCCCGUAUAUGAAGCAUUGUCAGGCGCGAGAUCACCACUGUUGGUCGACAUCAGAAAUGUUUGUCGGCCAAACAAUAUUACUCCCACAUUGAAAAUAAUCGGGGAAGUAAUCAACGACGAUGUGACUUUCCAGCGCAGUCCGCUCGAUUUGCGGAAUCAGAGGACAUAUGCAGUGAAGUCUGGUGUCAACGGGCUGCUAGAUGUGGCUCGUCAAACUUUUAGAGAGGCAACACAAGAUGUGCAUAAACAUGUUUCUGACAUCAACGACCAAUACGAGAUGCAAAUGGAGACCAGAUAUGAUAAUGCGAGAAGAUACUACCUCAGGAUCCCGGAAUCUAAUCUAGAAGGGCGGACAAUGCCGGAUAUUCUCAUCAACUGCUACAGAAAGAAGGGGUACAUCGAGUGCCAGACCUUGGAUUUGGUCAAGCUCAAUCAAAGGAUUGAGGAUUCCCACCAAGAAGUUGUUUUGAUGAGUGACAAGACCGUUGCGCAGCUUAUUGACAAUGUUCGCGCAGAAAUUCAGCCACUGUUUCGCGUAUCUGACAGCAUAGCCAUGCUUGACAUGCUUGCAGCAUUCGCUCAGCUGGUAACGACGAGUGAUUAUAUUAAACCGGAAAUUACGAGGUGCCUGGCCAUCAAAUCUGGUCGCCAUCCAGUUCAUGAGAAGGCGCAUUCUGAGAAGUUUAUUCCCAAUGAUGUCUAUGCGGACAAGCAACAGCGGUUCCAGAUAAUUACCGGAUGCAAUAUGAGCGGGAAGAGCACUUACAUUCGUUCGAUUGCCCUGAUGACUGUUAUGGCCCAAAUCGGAAGCUUUGUGCCAGCGCAGUAUGCUUCGUUUCCCAUUGUGGACCAGCUAUUUGCAAGGGUGUCGAUGGACGACUGCAUCGAAGCUAAUGUUUCUACAUUUGCAUCAGAAAUGAGGGAGACUGCGUUCAUCCUUAGGAAUAUCGGAAAUAAUAGUCUGGUGAUCAUUGAUGAACUUGGGCGCGGCACCAGCACCAGAGACGGGCUGGCGAUUGCGUUGAGUAUUUCAGAAGCUCUCGUCGAGUCUCAAGCUUUUGUCUGGUUCACAACUCACUUCCGAGAACUCGCUCAGAUAAUGAACGAGCGCGCCGGUGUCGUUAACAUGCACCUUAAAGUCGACAUCAGCCAAGAAGAUAAAAUGGUCAUGCUAUACAAAAUAGCAAACGGCUUCGUGAAAGAAGAACACUACGGUCUCGCUCUAGCCCGCGUCGUGAACCUCCCACCCCUGAUUCUCGAGGUUGCAGAGAAAGUAUCUAAGAAGCUACAGGCGCAGGCAGCAGCGAAGAAGAAAUCCUCUAAAUCGUUUGCGAUUGCACGGAAGCGGAAGUUGGUGUUGAGUCUGAGAGAAGUGCUGUUGCAGGCUCAGGAGAGCUCGAUGCAGGGGAAGGCGUUGAUGGAGUAUCUGCGGAAGGUGCAGGAGGAAUUUGUGAAAAGGAUGGAUUGCAUCGAGAAUGAAGCUGAGGAUUCAGGUGAUGAAGGUGUGGUUGGAGAGGAAGAGUUGAGUGACAAUGACGACGGCAGCGACGAGAACCUGGGACGGGAAGGAGAAUUCAACGAGGCCGACGAUGAUAGUGAUGAAAGCGAGAUGACUGGUACAGAUAAAACAGAAAUGCUUGUUUGAUGAUAAGGAGAGUAUGCCUACCAUUGGCUCCAAUAGCUUCAAACAUAUGGG